GCGAGGGAGUCUGCCAAGCCCGUACUCAGCCUCCCUCACCUAACUCAUUUUCAUUAUUCUUUCACUAAUCUCUCUUACCAUUUUCAUUUCUCACACAAACAACUAGCUACAUAAUUUUCUAUUUAUUAUUAUACUAUAAGAAAUACGAAUUUGCCGGCCAGUAUCAUGCUUCUUUAGUCGUUGUUGUCAUGUAACACAUUCAACUCCAUCUAACUAUUUUUCUCCUUCUACUUACUCAGCCAGCCACACUAUAUAUAGAUCAUGUUCCACACAACACUUUCUCAUCUCCUAUCUUUCAUCCCUUCUAACCACCACCAACAUGGUGACAGUUAAUGAGAUCCGCCAGGCACAGAGAGCUGAAGGCCCUGCCACUGUUUUUGCAAUUGGUACUGCUACUCCUCAAAACUGCGUCGAGCAGAGUACAUAUCCGGAUUUCUAUUUCCGUAUCACAAACAGCCAACACAAAACUGAACUCAAAGAAAAAUUCCAGCGCAUGUGUGACAAGUCUAUGAUUAAGAAGAGAUACAUGCAUUUGACUGAAGAGAUUCUGAAGGAGAAUCCUAGUUUGUGUGAGUACAUGGCACCUUCAUUGGAUGCAAGACAGGAUAUGGUGGUUGUGGAAGUGCCAAAGCUAGGAAAAGAGGCUGCAACAAAGGCUAUCAAGGAAUGGGGUCAACCGAAGUCUAAGAUUACGCAUCUCAUCUUUUGUACGACAAGUGGUGUGGACAUGCCUGGUGCUGACUAUCAGCUCACAAAGCUCUUAGGGCUUCGUCCGUAUGUGAAGCGUUAUAUGAUGUAUCAACAAGGUUGUUUUGCUGGUGGGACGGUGCUUCGUUUGGCUAAAGAUUUGGCUGAGAACAACAAAGGUGCUCGUGUGUUGGUGGUUUGUUCUGAGAUCACUGCAGUUACUUUCCGUGGGCCGAGCGACACUCAUCUUGAUAGUCUUGUGGGACAGGCGUUGUUUGGAGAUGGUGCUGCGGCUGUGAUUGUUGGUUCAGACCCGUUACCAGACGUUGAGAAGCCUUUGUUUGAAUUGGUAUGGACUGCACAAACAAUUGUUCCAGAUAGUGAAGGAGCUAUCGAUGGUCACCUUCGUGAAGCGGGGCUGACGUUCCAUCUCCUCAAGGAUGUCCCUAGUCUCGUCUCAAAGAACAUUGAGAAAGCUCUUGUUGAAGCGUUUCAACCUUUGAAUAUCUCUGAUUAUAAUUCCAUCUUUUGGAUUGCACACCCAGGUGGACCAGCAAUUCUAGACCAAGUUGAAGCCAAAUUAGGCUUAAAGCCAGAGAAAAUGCAAGCCACUCGACAUGUACUUAGCGAGUAUGGUAACAUGUCAAGUGCGUGUGUGUUAUUCAUCUUAGAUGAAAUGAGGAGGAAGUCAAAAGAAGACGGACUUGCCACAACAGGUGAGGGACUUGAAUGGGGUGUGCUUUUCGGCUUUGGACCUGGGCUCACAGUCGAGACGGUUUUGCUCCAUAGCGUGGCCACCUAAAUCAUCACAUAUUACUAAGGCAACAUGUUCUAUUUGCUCCAUGCUCUUUUCUUUUUCACCUAAAAAUGAAUGUAUUCUUUCUUUGUGUUUCCCUGCCUCAUUGAUCACUUUUCACAUGUUUCCUAUCCCUUUAAUUAUCCAUGAUUAUUAGUGUGUUAUAUAAACCUUUAGUUUUCUGUUAUCUGAUAAGAUCUUCAGAAAUAAAUAAUGUAUUGAUUUGGUUCAUAACAAAUCCCUCAGACAUGUACCAUGAAUCCCUUCUUUUAACAUGAUUUCACUAUGGAUUUUUUUA